UCAUGCAGUAAAUCACAAGCAAAGCUGGAAGAAUGCAGCAAAUAAUUGUGGAUAAAUCCUUGGAAAUACUGACAGUGCAACAGAGGAGCGUCCUAUUGGGUAUUGUGGCACCAAUGCUAUUUAUUGUUAUCCUGGGAAAUGUGAUGGCUAUUAUUGUGAAUAUUAGGAGACAAUUGCGCCUCUUUUUCAAAUCUUGCCUCCUGUCACUAUCUCUGAGUGACUUGGUCACGGGGAUUAUCACAUCCAGUGCAUACAUCUCACAAUUUGCCACAUACUUGACGCAAGUCUGGUACCUUGGGGAUAUACUUUGUUCCCUCAAUGCCUUCCUGUCCACCACAGCCAUCCUUGCCAACAGCUUUACACUUGUCACCAUCGCCCUGGACCGAUAUAUGGCUAUUUUUAAGACGGCCAAGGGCACCUGGGGCACCAGCAUCACCUUCUGCUGCACGUACAUCAUCUUGCUCUGGGCUGUCUCUGCAGGCAUUGCCAGUCCUCUUAUAUCGUCCUAUUUUAUGGUGGACAUCCUGAUAAUUGUGACGGGUUCCCAUACAAAUGCAACAAACUACGAGAUGAUGGAGGGUUCGCUGUGUGUCACGGAGAAAGAAGACACAGGCUAUUAUUACUGGCUCCUCUUCACCAUCGUAUUUCUGCCACUCUUGCUGCUCUUCCUCUGGCUCAAUGGAAAAUUGGCCCAGGAAAUUUGGAACCGCAGGAAACCGAUAAAAGCUCCCAGUGGAGCCUCUCUCAAUCCAAGUACCACCGAAAAUUCCAUUGAGAGGAAGACAACGACAUAUUCGGUAAUUUCAGGACCGGAAAAUCCACAGGCUGUAACUCAAGUGGCCAAGGAGUCAACGGUCAAGAGUGUUGCGAACAAAUCACGAAAAGCACAGCAAUUGAAAAUGUUCAAAGUGGUUGUGGCAAUAAUUGUAGUGUUUUUCGUAUGUCGUUUGCCAACAUGGAUUUUCCUCCUCAUCAAAUUGCACAAUGAACUGUACGAAAAUUAUCACUGGAUCCUUCACUUUUCAUUUGGUAUUCUGUCCCUCUUCAAUUGUGCCAUAAAUCCCAUUUUAUAUACAUUCUUCUCGGAUUCCGUCAAAUGGGCAACGUCACUACAGAAUGUGCUCAAAAAGUUCACGUCAUUAUUCAAGCGAAACAAGAGGGAAUCGCGAGUGUUGAACAAUCAAUCACAUGCGGCAUCACCUGUUGUUCUCAAGUCGAGAAAUACUACAAAUAUCGGUGAUGAAGGCUUCAUUUAAGUGCAAAUUGUAGAAAUUGAUUGUAUACUUGUGGAAAUAUAUGUUUAUU